AUGUACAACUCAACCGAUGACGAAUUAUUACAAAUCGACGAUUGUAUUGAUACGUGGUCAACAAGAAUGGCAAGUGCAAGCGAUUUUCAACGUUUAUAUAAUGCUCUUUCGACUAAUCUAACAAAGAUUAGUAAUAAUGUUACGGAUCUUGAAAAACUUGUCCAAAAAUUAGGUACACCAGAAGAUAGUGAACCAUUACGUGAACGCUAUCAUCGUCUCCAACAUGAAACAAAAAUUUUAAUGCAACAAACAAAUGAUGCACUUCAAGAACUUAAUAAUACUCGUACAUUAACUGAAGCUGAUCAGAGACGUAAAAAAACAUUAACUGAAAAUUUACCAAAGCAAUAUUUAGCAACAUUAAAUCGUUUUCAAGAAGCACAACGUAUUGGUGCACGAAAAGAAAAAGAAAGUCUUGAUCGUGCUCGAGCUAUUUCAUUUCGUCAACAUGGAAUAUCAGAUUCACCAUUUGCUGAUGAUUUCGUUGCAACUCCAACAUAUGAUCAAUUUCAAAGACAAGCUGUUUUACCUAUUGAACAAGAAGUUGAUAUGAGAGCACUAAGAGAACGUGAUGAACAAUUACGUGAACUUGAGACGAACAUUGUUGAAGUAAAUGAAUUAUUCAAAGAUGUUGCUAAACUUGUCCAUGACCAAGGCGCUGUUAUAGACUCUAUUGAUGAACAUAUAAUCAAUACGGAAGUGAAUGUAACACAUGGCAAUCAACAUUUAACAAAAGCUAUGACUCAUCAGAGUUCUGCUCGACGUAAAAAAAUCAUAUUAGUUACAGUCUUGCUCAUUAUUAUUGCCAUUAUCGUACUUGUUUUGGUUUUAACAUUGAAAAAGUGA